AUGACAAACUCGGGAGCGGACCAACAACUUGAAAAAUAUCAAGAACGAAUACUCGCACGAAGAAGAGGUGCUGGUACACAUCGAAUAGAGUUUAGAAAUUUCACAAUAGAGAUUCCGGAACAAGGAAAAAAUCAAGAAUUUAUACCUCAACCCUUAAUUAAUAAGUUAUCGUUUGAUAACGAACAACAAAUUGAUGGUAACGGAUAUUUAUCUGAUAUACCUGAACAAUUUGAUGGUAACGGAUAUUUAUCUGAUAUACCUGAACAAUUUGAUGGUAACAGAUAUUUAUCUGAUAUACCUGAACAAUUUGAUGGUAACGGAUAUUUAUCUGAUAUACCUGAUGUUCUGGAAGAAGAAAAAAAUCAAGAAAUUACAUAUCAACCUUUAGACAGUACGACAGUGAAUGAACCACUGAUAAAUAAUGAUAAUAACGAACGACAAUUUGAUGAUAACAGAUAUUUAUUUAAAGUUAUAAAUAAUAUUAUAUCGGAGUUCUUGAAAGAACAAGAAAACGAACUCUCAUACAAAAAGGAAAUACUUCAUUUCAAAAAAAUAGUUGAAAUUCGUAUUCUCGAACAGUUGGAUCUUAUUGAUAAGCAAAUGUUGCUUAGAUCAUCUUUACGGAAGGCAAAAUUACGAAUCAAACAAUUGUGCAAAGAGAUUUUAGGAUUAAUUUAUAAACGCGACAAAAUAAAAACGGAACUAAGUGUUGAAAGAAAAGGAUACAAAGAGAAUGAACAAAUUAGAAAAAAAUUGGAACAAGUUCAUAAUUUUCUCUCAGAUAUCGAUAUCCUACGAGAAUCGGUCAUAGUUGACAACAGUCCACAGAAUGAAAAUGAAGUUUUGGAUGGAUUUGAAAGUCUCUUGAUAAAUACAACUUUUCGGUGUUGUGACAAUGUCAAUCCAUUAUCAAAUCAGGAAACGGGAAAUUUGAGAGUUUUGUCUCAAUUUAAUAACUUACUGGAAAAUUGUGAACGAAUCAUACGGCAAUCAGCAGACAUGGAGACUGGUACGUAA